AGACAUACACGACAGACUGUGUAAGCUGUCUAAAAUUUAACUGCACAAACAGACUCAAGACAGACAGACAGACAGAGACAGAAGACAGGCAGAGACACAGACUGGUUCCUUCUUGAAUCAUAUAAAGAUAAGAGACUGACUUGUCCAGAGGAAGGGACAGACACUGUGGUUCACCUUCAUGUUAUUGGAUGUAAACAGACACACAGACAGUCUUUGAGAGAGUCAGAAAGACACAAGGCGACAGGAUGUUGUCAAAGAAGCAGGAGGGGAGGGCGUUCAGUAACGGGCCGCUGAGGGACCAAUGGGAGAAGAUCGCUCAGAAUGUAGCGGAUCAGAACAAACAGGAGGCUGACUGGAAGAAAAAAAGUUCCAACAAAAUAGCGGGCUCAAAGUGGAACUAUCACUGGUCGCUUGUUGCCGAUGGAGAAUUCAAGAAGGUCACCAGUGGCCAGGAUGAAGACAAUAAGCCAAAAAUCAAAUUCAAAGUCGUCCCCCCCAAACCCAAAGCUAAGCCUCCCCCUCCCCCACCUCCUCCAAAGAAAGAAGCUUCGCCCAAACCAAAAGGGCAAAAACGAAAAGUGGUGGUGGACGUGUUCCAGAUUUGCUGGAAAGAUUCCUGGAUGAGUCUGAAGCCUCCAAAGUAUCUUUACCUGAAGGCUGCGGAGCUGAAAGCCAGAAUCCCAGGAUUCACAACCAUAGAGCUGAACAGAGAGUACAAAGCCAAGGAGUAUCCAUCAGAGGAGGAGUGGACGACUCCUGCUGAGCCGUGGAGUCACUCCUGGAAACAGGUGAAGAGUCCCGCCCAGCUGGAGCUCUCUGAGGAGAAACAGUUCCAGUGGGACGUUUUGUAUGACAGAAAAUUUGUUGGUAAAGCUGAGACGGGGACAUACUCUCUUCCUGUCUGGGCGGGUACCUGGAAGAUCAUGAACUUUCCCUUCAGACAGUAUAAACCUGAAUGGGAUGUAGUCUGGCCGGAUUAUGAACAAGAACUCAGCGACAAGACUGAAGAACUACAACGACUAGAGGAAGAGGAGGAAUUGGCAGACUGGGAGGAUUCAUGGAAACUUUCAGAGGCCACAUUUGAAACAGAAUUCCUCACUGAAGAUGAGGAGACAGAGUUUGAAUCAGACGAAGUGACAGACGAUGAGUCAGAGUAUGAAUAUGAAUAUGAUGAUGAGACAUUGUCAGAGAGCUCCUCCAGCUCCGACACACCGACGAUGACAGUGACGAGGAUAAACGAGGUGUUCAUGCCCGGGUGGAGUGACUCCUGGCUGAUCUCUGCGGCUCCUCCGGUGGAGGCAGAAGAGCGACAGAAGAGCUGGAGCUCCUGCUGGAGAUACGGGCAACAGUUCAGGUGGUGUGAGGCGUCCCUGGCGUCCCAUCAUCGACACAGCUCCAUGCUGACGACUAAACGGAAAACCAAGAACCUCCUUCUUACAACACAGCUGGAUGAGGAGGUCACAGAUCUGACAGAAUGGAUGGAGGCCUGGAGGACCCCCAAACGAUGGAUCCCACUUGAGGAGGUUGAAUCUGACACAACAGAGGAGGAGGAGGAGGAGGAUGAUGAGGGGGAGGAUGAAGAAGAGGAGGAGGAGGUGGAGGGAGUUGACAACGAGGAGGAUGAAGGAGUAGCUGAGGAGGAGGAGGAGGAGAAGGAAGAUGUUGCUGAAAUUAAGCAGGACACAAAAAUGGACAAAAAAGAGAGAGAUGUAGAAAUACACAAGAUCAAGGAAGACAAAGAAAUGACCAAGAAGGAUGAAGAGGACGAGGAAGACAUGGAGGAAGAGGAGGAGGAUGAAGGAGUAGAUGAGGACGAGGAAGAUGAGGAGGAAGAAGGCAACAGGAAGGAGGAGAACAAUGAAGUACAAAAGGAGGACAACUAUGAUGCGGGACAUGAGGAGAAGGAGGAGGAAAACAAUUUGGAUAUGGAGGAGGAAAAUGAGGAAAAUGAGGAAGAAGAUGAGGAGAAGGAGGAGGAGGAGGAGUUUAAAGAAGCACAGGAGGUGGCAGAGGAGGAGAUGGUAAAACACGAUAACAAGGAGGAAGAGGAGGACAAAAACAGUGAGAAGGAGGAUGAGGAAGAGGAGGAGGAGGAAGAGUUUGUAGAUGUGGAGGAGGAAAUGCACAUAGAGGAGGAGAAGUACAAAGAAGAGCAUGAGAGGAAGGAGGACAAAAACACAAACCAAAACAGUUUGGAGGACGAAGAGGAGGAGGAAAAAGAAUUAGCAGCGAAAGAACAAGAGGAAGACGAGGAGGGCGGGGAAGAAGAGACAGAUGAAGAGGAGGACACAGAAGAGAAGGAAAAAGGCAAGAUGGAUGAAGAGGAAAAGGAGGCAGAGGACAAAGAAGUUGAUGAGGAAGAGGAAGAGACGGAGGACAAACAAAAAGAUCAAAUCAAGGAUCACAUUUUAUUGGAGGAAGAUGACAAAGAGGAGGACCAGGAGGAUAAGGACAAAGAAGACGAUGAGGAGGAGGAGGAGGAUGAGGAUGAAGAAGCAGACAAGGAAGAGGAAGAUGAAGAGAAAGAGUUAGACAAAGAACAGGAGGAGACAGAAGAGGACAAAGAGGAAGAUGAAGAAGCUGACGAGGAGGAGGACAAAGUAGAGAAGGAGUCAAAAAUUGACAAUAAAUAUAAAGAGGAUAAUAAAGAUGCUGAGGAAGAGGAGGAGGAGAAGGAUGAAGACGAAGAUGAAGAUGAAGAUGAAGAUGAAGAUGAGGAGAACAAAGCAGGCGACGAAGAGGACAAUAAAGAUGUUGAUGAGGAGGAUAAAAAGGAAAAUGAAAAAGACAAAUUGGAUGAGGAGGAUAGAGAAUUGGACAUGGGGAAGGAGGAGGAGGAUGAAGAAGAGGUAGAGGAGGGUGAAGACUUAAAACAUAUUGAAGAUCUGAUGAAGGUCAAAACAGAAGACGUCAGCCGCGUGAAAGUAGACGAGAAAGACGAGGACAAAAACGCAAAAAAGAAAGGAAAGAAACGCAAACCAAGCGUCCCGUUACAUCUGCAGUUCCACAAACUCCACGCCUCCUUCUCCUCCUGGAAGCAGUCGUGGAUGGUGGCGGUGGCUCACAGAUCGGGAGAUCCAGGCGAGGAGGAAGAGGAGGAGGAAGAGGAUGAGGUGGAGGAGUGGUAUGCUUGGAAGGAGUCGUGGAGGAUUUGUCGCUGGAAGAAACCGGCCGAAGAUAAAGUGGUUUAUUUCUCCACCGAGCACCGAAGUCCGAGAUUCACAAGACUGAUUCAUGAAGAAGAAGAGGAGGAGGAGAAGGAAGGUACGUGGAAGAAUGAAUGGACUCUCAGCUGGAGGAUGACAUAUAAAGAGGACACUGAAGAAGAAGAGGAGGAGGAGGAGGAGGAAGAAGUAGAAGAAGAGGAGGAAGAGGAGGAGGAGGAGGAGGAGGAGGAGGAGGAAGAGGAGAAAGGAAGGAAAUUAUUUUGGUAGAUUAAGAAGUGCUUUGGCAGAAAAAAAGGAACUGAAAAUAAUUUUGUUUGAACUGACUGAUCAGCUUGCCUUGUUGUCCUAAACUGUGAAGAGAAAGUGCAUCACUCAAAUGCAGUUUCUGAAUGCUAAUUUAAAGGUCACAUAUUAUGCAAAAUACUAUUCACCAUGUUUUUCUAAUAUGUAUCUCUAGUUUAUCUACAAACCUCCUUGUGAUAAGAAAAGUCCAUCCUCUAAGUCUUUUGCCUGCUCCACUUUUCAGAAAAUGUGUGCUCAAACAGGCCGUUUGGAGAUUUUCCCUUUGUGACAUCACAAAGGGCAGUAACCCCUCCCCCAGGUGGGUGACACUCCCACAGCUAGGUGUUUGUUCUGUCCUCUAAGUCUGCCUUCUCACCGUAAACAAUAGGACAUGGAGCGAGAAAGACAGAGUACACCCAAGUCCUUCCAGAGAGGGGGUGUGGUCAGACACAGCUCAUUUACAUAUUUAAAGGUACAGACACAGAAACAGCCUGUUCUGAGCAGGUCUGAAAUAGAGGGGUUUAUAGACAUGAUCAAAUACAGGAUCAGAGUGGAUUUAGAACAAGAAACUUCACACACAUGUUUUGAGGAGCUCUGAGACUUAUUUAAACUGGUUGAAGACGAGGAGGAUAUGUGACCUUUAAGCCGCUGUGCACCUUGAGACCUCAUAAAC